AUGUGUUGGUUCUGUCCUUUUUCCCUGCUGAGCGAUGUUGCGUCCAAGUUGGGUGAAUCAUGUUGGUAUACCUGCUGCUGCCCAGGUUCAUUGUUGGGUCUUAGAAUCAAGCUGAGGGUGGAGGAAAAUAUUCAGGUAUGAAAGCAGAGGUUUUCACUUCUCAGUCCCGACAGCUCUCUGCUGGGGAGUAGGUUGAAGUUAAAGUACUAUAAGUAAUAUAAUAUAUAGAUUUAGCCAAAGCUAAAAUCGAACCUUUCGUUAAUACACUUAUGAACAAAAAAUAAAAUCGUGUUUAGUAACAAAGGCCAAGUAAUACGGGCAACAUUUUCGCUCAACUUGUCGCGCAACAUUGUUGCAUUGCAAGUUGAUAAGCGUUGUUGCCCGUAUUACCAUCUUCGCUCUCAACCUGUCACGAAAAAAAUUUCAAUUGCAAUGUUGCAAGUUGCAGCAACAUGUUGCGCAGAGUAGACCCGAGUUCUACUUUUUGCAACAAACUCUCAAUUUUUAACUUACCAUGCGUCACAACACUUGUGAUUGGUCGAUUUCCUGCCCCGGGAAGAUGGAAAGUAAACGCGCGCGUUUGACGCGCGGGGGGCAAAUUUAGAGUUCUAGACAGGAAGUAAACAUGGCGGAGGUUGUGGAAGUUGAACAUGUUGAAAGCCAAGAUUGUGAAUUUAUAAGUGAAAAAAAUGUCAGAGGCCCAAAGAAAAGAUUUGUGCGCAUACGGUCACGUGACUACCAAAAAUUCUUGGACGCAUAGAUACCAAAAUUUCCUUACCUAUGGCGCUCUGCUGUUUGUUUGCUCCGACGUUUGUUUGGUGGGGGGUAAAAACUUCCACCCCACCAAAAAAACGUCUCUGAAUUUUCGCAACAGUUGCGGAGAUAUAUCUUCGCUCGCUUGUAAGACUGAUGUAUCACUUUCAAACUUCGGAAGGUUUACUACGUUUAAGAUGCUCUUUUCAGUGGUGUCGACGGGUUUUCCGGAACUGAUGAUGUGUGUCUUAAGUUUAAAAAACCGUGGAAAGGUCUGUUGUAUUCCUUUUCCGACCCGUUCUUCUAAAAAGUUCUAUUUCAAUGGACAAAUUUUUGUUGUAUUUUCGUGGAAACUACCAAAAAUGAAGUUUGGCUACUAUUUUUUUAAUCUUCAUAAAAUAUGCAGGUUAUAUUCUUAUUUCCCAUUUUUAAGAAACCAAUAGUCAACACAACAAUACAGGAAACGUGAUUCAUCCACCUUUUUAAUCAACUGAAUUCAUUCUUUUCGCAUUUGCAGGGCUCCCUUUGUAAUGAUUACUGUGUGGUUAAUUGUUGUGGGCCAUGUGUUCUCUGUCAGUUGGCUCGUGAGCUCAAAUCCUUGCAACGUUGA